UUCUCGGGCCUUCUGGGAAGGUGUCUGUGGUCAAGGCUUUUCUCCUUUUUGACUCUGCGGGGUUGGGUGAGUGCACAGAGUUGGGGGGGGGGGAGAUGUACUGAGAUCUCCGAGGUGGGUGUGUCAGGCCCCGCCCAGGAGCAGGUCCUACCAGCGCAGUUCAGCCCAGCCCAGAGUGUCAGCGGAAGAGGACUUGGGGCAGCGGCAGAGGAAGGGCAACAGAACACAGAGAAGCAUUGUGAAGCGUAUUCCCAGCACUCCUGGAGCCUGAGGCAGGAGAAUUGUCAUGAAUGCUACGUCAACAAGAGAUGUGCUGUGGGGGUUGGAGAGAUGGCUCAGUGAUUAAGAGCACUGGCUGCUCUUCCAAAUGGACCCAGGUUCAAAUCCAAGCACCCACACUGGCAGUUAACAAAUGUCUAAAACUCCAUCCAGUUCCAGGGGAUCUGACACCUUCGCACAGACAUGCAUGGAAGCAGAAACCACAAAUGUAAAUAAAAUGAAAUAAUUAAAAGAAAAAAAGAUUUAAAAAAGAAGGGAUGUGUUGUGAAACUAUCUCAAAGACAAAGAGCCCAGGUCACCGUUGCUGAAGAAGUUGUGGCACCAGGCUUCCAGCCUUGGCCAGCCAUCGGCUCCUGAGGUCAAAGACCACACUCUCAUGUCUCGCCUCUGCCAGCUGGGGGACAGCCUUUGUACAGUCACCAGGCUACCACCCUGGAGGUGAAAGCCAUGCCCGGACCUUGGUGUUCGCCAUGAUGCCUCAGCCUAGUUUCCCUUCCCACUUGGACGCGAUGUUUGCCAAUUCUUCAGCCAACGCCUCAUCUACCAACAGUUCUGUGCCCCAGUGCCGUGACUACCGGGGUACACAUCGCUUGCACAUGGUGGUCUACAGCCUGGUGUUGGCGACCGGUCUCCCUCUCAACGCUCUGGCUCUCUGGGUCUUCCUGCGUGUGCUGCGCGUACACUCGGUGGUGAGCGUGUACAUGUGUAACCUGGCGGCCAGCGACUUGCUCUUCACCCUGUCGCUGCCCCUGCGCCUCUCCUACUACGCGCGGCACCACUGGCCCUUCCCGGACUUCCUGUGCCAGACGUCGGGCGCCAUCUUCCAGAUGAACAUGUACGGCAGCUGCAUCUUUCUGAUGCUCAUCAACGUGGACCGCUACGCGGCCAUCGUGCACCCGCUGCGGCUGCGCCACCUGCGGCGGCCCCUGGUGGCGCGGCGGCUCUGCCUGGGCGUGUGGGCGCUCAUCCUGCUGUUCGCCGUGCCGGCCGCCCGCGUGCACAGCCCGUCCGCCUGCCAGUACGAGAACAGCACCGUGAGCCUGUGCUUCGAGAGCUUCAGCGACGAGCUGUGGAAGGGCAGGCUGCUGCCGCUCCUGCUGCUGGCCGAGACGCUGGGCUUUCUGCUGCCCCUGGCGGCCGUCGUCUACUCGUCGGGCCGGGUCUUCUGGACGCUGGCGAGGCCCGACGCCACUCAGAGCCACCGGCGACAGAAGACCGUGCGCCUCCUCCUGGCCAACCUCAUCAUCUUCCUGCUGUGCUUCGUGCCCUACAACGCCACGCUGGCUGUUUACGGGUUGCUGCGGGCCGACCUGGUGGAGUCCAGCCUUCAGGCCCGCGAUCAGGUGCGCGGCGUGCUGAUGGUAAUGGUGCUGCUGGCCGGCGCCAACUGCGUGCUGGAUCCGCUGGUGUACUACUUCAGUGCCGAGGGUUUCCGCAACACCCUUCGCAACCUGGGCACCCCGCUCCAGACCAGGGCCAUGGCUACCAAUGGGGCAAGAGGGGUGCUUGCCGAACCACCCUCAGAAAGCACACAAAACCCUGGGCAGGACGCCACCAGUCAGGGUCUGCUCCAGCCUGCCAAUCCGGGGACACCCACCAUGCGGUCCCCCCAGGAUUCAGCCCUCUGAAAGGACGCAGGGUCAUGGUGUAGAGGUUUAGGGUGUACAUUUGAGGGAGGUGGGCUGGGCACGUGGACUUUGAAGCAACUCCAGCUCUAGCAUGCAGAAGGGAACAAGUGUGUAAGCAAGCGUAUAGGAAAGGAAGAAUGCUGCUGGUGAUGGCGUCGGCCUCUGGUUAUUACCCAGAGGACCCUGCUCCAGUCUGUAGGAAGCCACGCGGUGAGCAUGCCCAUGGCUAAGAGCUGGUACAUGGAACAGAAGACGGUUGCCUGGAUUUAGGUCAUCAGUCUGAGAACUGAAGAUUCCCCUGACCUUGGUGAAUCAACUACUCAGAAGUUCAUCUGUCAUCUUCAAAAACAAAACAAAACUCAGGGCUGGUGGUGGAACCUAGAACCCACUGCCUGUGCAGGCCGGGCCAGUGCAUUCCCCGUGAACUCCGUCCUCGCCUCAUCUGCUGCCUUCCGAGCUGAAAGGGGGCCAUGGACACUGAGAUACCGGCCCUCACUUCCGCUUGGCUUCCCUGCUCAGGUGGGAGGAAUAAUACAAAGGCUUAUUUGACUAAA